AUUGGUGCCGACGCCUGGAGAAAUUGACGCUUAGAGCCUUCAGCGGCGUUCAAGACGAGGCUCCUAUACAAUCAAUGUCUCAGGAGUUCGGUGUUUAACGGUUGUUUGCCCCGCCAAUCCACGUUUUUGUGUAAAUUCUAGGUGUUUCUACGGAGAAACAGUUCCCAACCUUAUGAAAAUGGUUCAGUCAUAAUUUCUUCUUCCACAGGCUGUUGUUAACCAAUGUGCCCCCCGCGCUCAACAAGGAGAGACUGACCAGGCAAGAGCCAUUACUCAACUGGUUAAGCACAGCCUACUAUCAAUGUAGCAUAUGGAUAUGGUGUGGACUGAUAGGUGCUGUUAAAAUUUAUGGGACUUGGUCCAAAAGUGCUACAGUUCAAUUGCGCCGGCUGGAACUGGGGCAGUGAAUGUGCCCAGUAGGCUACGCAUGGAUUUGUCAAUAGAAAGACGACCAACCAACGCAUCCUUUUGUUAAUGUGGAUAAAUUGUUCCACAUUGUAGCUAAAAUUGAAUAUUUUACUUCAAAAAUAAAAAACGACCACCAUUUAUGAGAAUUCAGGCGAGGUAUUUUAACUGGAUCCAAGUGCGUCUAACUCGGGAAUCCUGUCGACUACGGAUUUGAUUAAUCGCUUUCAAAGACAACCCACUGCUCUCCAAAAACGGGACAAGAUGCCGUUCCACCAUGUGACGGCAGGACUGCUGUACAAGGGGAACUACCUGAGUCAUUCUCUGUCUGAGGACAACGACAGUAACCAGCUGGCCAGCAUUUCUGUGGAGGAGCUAGAUGAGAUCCGGGAGGCAUUCAGAGUGCUGGACCGGGAUGGGAACGGGUUCAUCUCCAAGCAGGAGCUGGGCAUGGCCAUGAGGUCCCUGGGAUACAUGCCCAGUGAGGUGGAGCUGGCCAUCAUCAUGCAGAGACUAGACAUGGAUGGAGACGGGCAGGUAGACUUCGAUGAGUUCAUGACGAUCCUAGGACCCAAGCUCCUGUCGUCUGAAGCCAGGGAGGGCUUCCUUGGGAGCACGAUAGACAGCAUAUUCUGGCAGUUUGACAUGCAGCGUAUCACCCUUGAGGAGCUGAAACACAUCCUGUUCCACGCCUUCAGAGACCACCUGACCAUGAAGGACAUCGAGAACAUCAUCAUCAACGAGGAGGAGAGCCUCAACGAGAACUCGGGACACUGUCAGGCAGACUUUGAAGGAAGUGAGUUGAGUAGAUUCUGUAGCCUGUGGAGAGACAUGGAGGGUGGAUGUAAGAGAGAGAUGGAUGGUGGAUGUGUGGGAGAGAGAGAGUCUGCUAGCUGUCAUCGGUGGGGCAGAGAGCGCUGCACGCCCGUCCACCCUUCAGGAUGGAUCUGACUCCACCUAUCAGGAUCCAUAACCGUCAGACUCCACCUGCUGAUUUAUUGAUUGAAGGUGUUCAUGGUGUAGGAAGUCAUUUGGUCACCUGGGCUAUGAUGAAAAAAGGUGUCAUCAGGGAGUUAUGAAUACCAUAGCAGCAGGGAAGGGUGUUUAGGUUGAUAUGAAUCUUUAUUUUUUGUUUGUUAUCGGGUCAUUCCACGAAAAUAAUGCCUUUUGUGUCCCUUUGAUAUUUUAAGUACAAAUGUUGCACCAAUAUAGAAUUUUAAAAGCCUGCUAUAUUACUGGAAGUGCCCUUUAAUAUAGACCACAUGGAGAAUUUAAUAAAUCCUAUUUUCUUAUAUGAAUAAAGGCUUACUAAAGUGCCAAAAUGCACAAUUUUGACAUGUGCCUCCAUCAGCCCUGUGUCACUUCUAGAAAGAUUUCAAACCACUUAAUCCAAAAAUGUCUCCAAGUUUCACCAUCAUUGUAAAAACCUAGUUAUUUUUUGUUGCUUUGACAUAGGCAUUUUUAAAUACUUUUUAUUUAUUUAAUGUGAUUAGUGAUUCAUUUACGUCUGUCCUUUAUUUUAAGAUCAACCCUGUUAAGUGAAUCACACUCGUUUUAAUAUGUUGAAACUAUUCCUUUUAAAAUGUUUUUUCAAAAGAAACAUUGAACAUCUAAUAGUCAAAUCAUAGUGUCAAAGCAGGUGAGCUGGUUCUACUCUUUUUGGCCUUUUUCUGGUUUUGUGGUGGAUAACUGAGUGGGUUGAGUAUAA